AUGCGCGCCACGUAGUGGAAGAAUCCAGAACUACGAGUAGAAAUGGCAAUGCGUCCUCUUUCCUCAACGUAAUUGGAUCUCAUGGCAGAAGUGAAUAAAAAUUUGAUGCAAGGUCUGAUAAAGCUCUGUCACCGCCUUGGCUUCUUCUAUCCAGUGGAAAGCAACGGCAAAUUUUCAUCAUGUUACAGAUACGGACCAUUUGGGGCAGAAUUUCGAAGAAACAUACUGCACGAAUGGUGGACUGCAGUGUCAUUGGGCAAAACAGACAUAUAUGCAGUGGAGGACCUCUAUUUGGAAGAGCCAGUGGAGCAGGAUGGAAGUCGGUGCCACGUGACAAGUGACUUUCACACCGAUCGUUCAUCCCGUCAAUUGUGCCACUACCUUCCCACACUGUCCCUUGUCGGUGGCCGUCUGCCAUUUGGAAUUGCUCAGUGUUGGACCCAUCGCCACGGUAAUGAAGUGAUGGCAGCGGGCAGGAACAAGUUUUUUCAAAAGUACGAUAUCAACGCAUACCCCAUCGGCAGCGGAGUAAGCCAACAGUUGCUGUUGCAGUACUUUUCUGGAGCUGGUGAGGUGACCGACGUAUUCACGCGCUGGCAACGCCGGCGCAUGUUGUGGUACAGAAAGUUUGCUGGGACACCUUCUAACUUUACCCUGUCGGAGGUGCAGCAGUCAGAAAGCAAGGUCACCGAUGUUACUAUAAGCUUUCGGAUUCCGUGGGAGGGGCAGGAGGCAGAGGAGGCAAUUGAGGUAAUCUCAGCCCGUGGCGAUGCAGAUUUAAAGGCCCUCGAAUUGAGGAGUGGACAGAGCUGCCAGGGCAAAGAUGGCCGCCGAUCUGUGUUGCCUCACCUGGUUGAGUGCUCCAGCAGUUUGGAACGUGUCAUGCUUGCGUACUUGGUCGACGCUUACCAUCUGAAAGAACGCACAGACACAAAGGGGUGCAUUUCAUCAAAGGAGGUGCUACGGCUGCAUCCACGCUUGGCUCCGUACAAGGUGGCCAUCGUCACGGGUGCCGGACAGGAGUUGCGAGAUCUCACAGACUAUCUGGCUGUGGAGUUUGCUAACGCUCGCCUGCGCAUGUGGUACAUUCAGGGCACGGCGACAGUGGGCUCUCAUGAGAGCCAGUACACGCGGUUUGAUGAGAUGGGAAUUCCAUACAGCAUCUCUGUGAAUGAGAACACAGUGAAGACUGGUGUGUGCCUUCUCAGAAACAGAGACACAACACUGAAGCAACAAGUUCACAUCACAGAACUCGUCAAGUAUGUUGCGAAACUCGUGCAAGCCUACUAAGAAUAAUAGGAAUGCAGCCACAGCUUCCCACGUCCCUGAAAUGAUCAUGCAGUGUCUUAGAAUAAUGUCAUGAAUUUUAUUUCACAGUUAACCAUAAGUUAUUUAUAUUUUAAGAAGCAUCCAUAUAUAUUGACCUGUUUGAUGGCAUGUUGUCUAAGCCUUUGACCUACUGCCCUAAGCCAAAGGAACUGCUUUUUUCGCAAUCUAGACCGUUGUUAACUGGUCGAUGUACUUGGGUUCAUCUAAAAAUAGAAAUACACUUAAUGCUCACAGUGUGAUUAACUUGCGAUACCAUUCUGAACCUUUGCGAAUUAUGUAAAUACGUCUUAUGGAUACCAUGAUCAGUUUUGAAAUGGUGGGUAAAUUCCAAUCAUGUUCUACGUCAUGCUACGAACAGAUCAGGCAAUUCCAUGCUUUGAUAUAGAUGUGUAGCUAUCAGUCAGCCCAGAUAGUGUUUGUAAUAUAUCUGAGUAGGCAUUAUCGUAGUUUUUACUGCUUUAGUGUAACACUGGCUGGGCAUGAUUGUUAUCAGAUUUGCACAUUUCUAUUGAAGACUGCUUCUAUGUGUUUAUUCUGGUCAUAUUGUAGUGUUGAUGCUUUACAAAUAAAUCAAAAAUGUUGUGUAUGUUACACUUUA